GACAGGCCUGGAGCGUCUGGCUCUCAUCUUCGUAGGAGGAAGGACAGAAAUGGCAACGGCGAGGAUGGAAAGGAAGAGGGCAUGUGUAACUGGAGCCACUGGAUAUGUGGGGUCCAUGCUCGUUAAAAGCUUGUUAGAGAAAGGGUACGCCGUCAACGCCACCGUCAGAGACCCAGCAAAUAGCAAAAAGGUGGCCCACGUCUUAAAUCUACAAGUCUUGGGUGAUCUAAAAAUUUUCAAGGCAGAUCUCACAGAGGAAGGCAGCUUUGAUGACGCCAUCAAUGGUUGUGAUUUUGUCUUCCAUGUGGCAACCCCAGUGAGCUUCCAGUCUACAGACCCAGAGAAUGACAUGAUCAAGCCAGCUAUCAACGGGACGUUGGAAAUUCUGAAAUCAUGUGUGAAAGCGAAGACCGCAAAGCGUGUGGUCUACACAUCAUCAGUGGCUGCUGUAGCGCGGAAGAAGCUCACUGGGACGGGCCAUCUCCUCGAUGAGGAGAGCUGGUCCGACGUCGAGUAUUUGACUUCUGAGAAGCCGUUGUCUUGGCUGAGACUUAUCUUUAUGGAGAUGAAAUUGGACCUAUACAAUUUACCAGCCAUGACAAGAAUGGUAAACCAACCAGGAUAUGGAGUGUCAAAAACCCUAGCGGAGAAGGCAGCAUGGAAAUUCUCCAAAGAAAACAGCAUAGAUCUCAUCACCAUUAAUCCUGGUGUCAUCACCGGCCCAUCUCUAACUCCAGAGGUCCCAGGAAGCGUCAGCAUAGCUCUGUCUUUGCUCACAGGGAACGAAUUCGGGAUCAACUUUUUGAAAAACUUGCAACUGAUGUCGGGAUCAAUCUCUAUCGUACACGUGGAGGACGUAUGUAGGGCCCACAUCUUUGUAGCGGAGAACGAAUCGGCUUCCGGCCGUUACAUAUGCUGUGCUGCUAAUACGCGUGUACCGGAUCUUGCAAAAUUCCUCUCAAAACGAUAUCCACCGUACAAUGUCCUCACUGAUUUCAGUGAUUUUCUUGUGAAUAUCGAGUCGAUCAUCUCCUCGGAGAAGCUGAUUAAAGCUGGAUUUAGCUACAACUAUGGGAUGGAAGAGAUGUACGAUGAAUCGGUAGAGUACUUGAGGGCCGUUGGAUUGUUGGCCAGUUGAGAGCUAUCUCUUCUUCUAUCUUCCUGCAAACUACACUUGGUAUAAUCCCUAUUAAAGAAGAGCUAAUGUGGAGGUAAUGCCUGAUUAACUAUCUUCAAACCAACGAAUGUGUAGCCUGCUGUAAUCACUUGUAUUAGUUAAAUGAAUGACUACAAACGUGUGGGUUUACCAAACCUUUGAUGCCCUAAUCACAUUUACCUGUAAUUCUCACAA